UAAAGUUGAGAGCUGGUGGUGCUGGGUGAACCGGGAAGGCGAGGAUGGGUGUUCAACGUUGGCUCGUGGCCUCUGCGCUCUGCGUCGCCGUCCGGGGACAGGACUAUGGGCUCUCCCGCCCACCCCCUCAUUUCGGCUCCAUCUACCACGUCCGAGGUGUCAUUAACCUGCCCUACGCCGAGAUCGAGGAGCCAUUCGAAGCCUGGUACAACCUGACGGGAAACAAGAGCCGGAUCCAGUAUUACGGGGGGCAAGUGAUAACCUACCAGCUGGCUGCGGUGAAGCCUUACGGGAUGCGGUACAAGAUCACGCCAGAGACCACCGAGAAGGAGGUGAACACCAGGAAAUGCUUCCAGCUGCCCGGCUCCAAGGAGGACGUGGUCAAGGCUCAGAGCGUCUUCCCAAGCAUUGAUGGCUUCAAGUUCCUGCGGGAGGAGUACUACCGGGGCCGGUACUGCGCCGUCUGGCAGAACGUCACCCGCUGGGCGCAGAAGAAGAACGUCUACACCCUAUGGGUGACCAACUCCAGUUGCGGGGUGGCCCCCGUCCACUACGAGAUGCGGGGCUACAACAGCCUGCUGGGCUCCCACUAUGACAAGUACGAGAUCGCCUACACCGACUUCGACAACAGCUUCCCCCCUUCCAUCUUCGACCUCCCCAUCAAUGAGACGAAGAAGUGCGGGGUGCUGCCGGGGAGCACGGCGGAGCACCGGGUGCUGGCAAACCCCAUGGAAGACCUGGUGGGACGGCACCAGCCCUGGGCCCACGAGGUCUUCCACCACUACCGCAGGCGACUGGGGCGGCGGUACAGCUCUGCACGGGAGCUGGAGCACAGGCAGAGCAUCUUUGUGCACAACAUGAGGUUCGUGCACUCGAGGAACCGCGCCGCACUCUCCUACACGCUGGCGCUGAACCACCUGGCCGACCGCACGCCCCAGGAGCUGGCCGCCCUGCGGGGCCGUCGUCGGAGCGGGGCUCCCAACAACGGGCAGCCUUUCCCCACCGAGCUCUACACUGGCCUCAUCCUGCCCGAGAGCCUCGACUGGCGCAUGUACGGCGCUGUGACCCCCGUGAAGGACCAGGCUGUCUGCGGGUCCUGCUGGAGCUUUGCUACGACGGGCGCGAUGGAGGGUGCCCUCUUCCUCAAGACUGGCGUGUUGACCCCCCUGUCCCAACAAGUCCUCAUCGACUGCUCCUGGGGCUUCGGGAACUACGCCUGCGAUGGGGGCGAGGAGUGGCGAGCCUACGAGUGGAUCAAGAAACACGGCGGCAUCGCCAGCACCGAGUCCUACGGCACCUACAAGGGGCAGAACGGCUUGUGCCACUACAACCAGUCUGAGAUGCUGGCCAAGAUCACAGGCUACGUCAACGUCACUUCGGGCAACAUCACGGCGGUCAAAGCUGCCAUCUACAAGCACGGCCCCGUGGCUGUCAGCAUCGACGCCUCACACAAGACCUUCUCCUUCUACUCCAACGGCAUCUACUAUGAGCCCAAGUGCGCAAACGAGCCGGGAGCGCUGGACCACGCGGUGCUGGCUGUGGGCUACGGGGUCCUGCAGGGAGAGACCUACUGGCUCAUCAAGAACUCCUGGUCCACAUACUGGGGCAACGACGGCUACAUCCUCAUGGCCAUGAAGGACAACAACUGUGGUGUGGCCACUGAAGCCACCUACCCCAUCCUGGCCUGAGCCACCUCUCAGCUCUGUGGGGAGAGCCCUCAGUGAUGCUUUCGGCACCCAUCCCUGGAUCAGCACCUUUGGUGUGAGCCAUCACGCAGGAGGAAGUUGGGGACACGGUGGGACAGGGCCAUGGGGUGCUGGACAAGGGGCAGCAUGGGGACCCAGCUGUGGGCUUGCCAAUAAAGACCCUGGAAAAAC